UGAAUUGUGUUACUUUUGCUGCGCCUGCUCACCGUCAUUGACGGAUCGUUUCAGUGGGCACCAUGAUUGGGCUGCCCGCUUUGUUUCCUUCUGCUGCGAUUCCGCGGCCCCAGCCUCUCGCACACCGUCUUCACUCAAAGCCCCAGACCCUACGGAGGCAAGGCCCCGCCAGUAACAUCCCGGUGGCUGUGGCUGCAGCCGUGGCCACGGCGACGGCAGCCAAGAGCACACGCAAAGCCAAGUGGAGCUCCUGGAACUCGGGGCACGGCGUGGAGCUCAACGACGACGAGACCAUUGCCAAGCGCCGGGACCACUACAGCCGACCAGAGGGCCAUUGCAUCGUGGUGUCCGAGACCCCGAUUGCCUCCGCUGCGGGCCCAAAAGGAGCGGACUUCUAUGCGGAGAUCAAGAUCGAGAAUGACAGCGAUGCCUGGGCUUCGGGCUUUGAUAUGGGGAUCACCGCCUUGACGCCGGAUGUGGUGGGACUUGCCAAUGAACAAGGCCUCUGCUGGGCAGACUUCCCGGACACCUGGGUCCUCCGGGGCGACGGCAUGCUCCGCAUCAACGGCCGCGCCUAUCCGCCAGGUGCCAUGUCGAACCAAGCUGCUUGGAUGCGCGGCUGGGACACUGCGAUGCUGGAGCUGGGGGACACGUGUGGCCUGCACAUCACCAAGGACGGCAAGGAGCUUGUCGGUCUGAGGAACGGCGAAGUAGUCGGGCGCUUGGUGCUCGAUGACAUUGUCAAGGUGCCUACUGAUGGGGAGCUCUAUCUCAUUUGUGACGUCAUCGGCCGCGCGGGGGAAGUGCAAGUUAUGGACGUCCCCUGUCCUCUGCCGAAGGUUGAGAUUGCACCGGCGCCGGCGGUUUCUCCGCCGGCCAAGAAAGCUCCGGCGAAGGACCCAGUGAACCACUUCUGGGAGAUCAUGCAGCGCCGGCCCCCCAUGUACCGCUGAGAUCGCUCGCUUCUCUCCGCAUCGAGAUGCGGAGGGAAGAGUAGCACCGGGCGCCGGCCGGACAUUUGACAUGCGUCGCGAAGAAGG